AUGGGGGGGAGGAAUCAGCCCCGCGUCCUCUCUCCCCCCCGAACACCCCAACCACCCCCACUCACCCAAACCCCACCCAACCACAACCCCACACUACCACCCACAACCACCUCCCCGCACAUAGCCCACCCACCCAACCCACACCCAACCCCCCGCACCCGGCAAACACCCCACCCACCCCUCAAGCGCCCCACCACUAAGCCACCCCACACCCCACCAUACCAGCACAACCACACCAACACCCAGCCCAAUCACCGCUACACCUCACCAACACCACGACCCCGCACCCCCAACACACCAACCAACCCCAACAACACCCCCCCCCCCAAACAACCCCCCACCCCACCCCCCCAGCCCAAACCCACAACCAACCACCACCCUCCAUCCACCCACCUGAACCCCCACCACAAACCCAAGCCCACCCAUCCGCCCGAACCACCGCACCCCAACCACCACCACCAAGACCUCACUCCCCACGCACCUCAUGCAACCCAACCCCACUACCAAACAUCACACCCACCAACAACCACCCCCCACCACCACCUCAAACCACGACACAACCCGCCCCCCGCACCACCACCACGCCCCCACCCCCACCCCACCCACACCGACAAACAACAACCCUCACCCCCACAUCCCCCACCCUCCACGACCUACUACAACCGACGCCCCAACCCACCAAACUCGCCACCAACACCCAACAGCCAAACCCCUUUCGACACCAAUCUCCAACCCCAGACCCAAUCACAACCCCCCCCAACGCCACCCCAAUCACCCCCCCUACCCCCCUACCCCAACCCCACCACAAUACCCCCCACACAUACCCACCAACAACACCCGAAGCACACCCGCCCGCAACCACCCGACCCCACCAACAGCAAACACAACCACACCGCCUAA